AAUCUAAGAGAGAGAGAGAGAUUGAGAGAGAGGGAGAGGAACUUUUCUGAAUCUGGGUCGGAGUAACUGUGCUUGCGCUUUGUCUGAAACCCACAAUCUGACCGUGUGUAGCUCACCGAUCCUCUGUCUGGGUUACUCUUAUCUCAUCAGGCCUCAGGUGUGCCUGAGAAGUGUUUGAUCUGGACUACCAUUUCUGCUGGAAACUGGAAUAUAGCAUCAUUUACACUUUAUUAGGUGGAAUAAGUUGGCCCUGAUGCAAGGGCAAAGGAUCACAUUUGAUUGCUUCUCUGAGGUUGUUGAUAUUAGGCAGGGUUCUGUUUCUAAUAGCACGGGUAUGAGUCAACAGACUUCUUUGAAUAACGCACUUCAUCCUGUAGAAAGUCCCUUGUCAAAUUAUAUGGUAUCUUCCGGUGAGACUACAUCUCUGAAUGCUAGUACUCAUGAUGUUCCGAGCUUUAGUGGCUGGAAUACAGGUGAACCUAGCUCUAGACUGAAUCCACAAAGCCAAGUGAAUGAUGAUGGGAUGAAAAUUGAACACGGUUUGUCUUCUUCAUUCAUUAUGCAUUCUGGGUCUAGUCCAAGGUUGGAGGAAGGGCAAAUUGAAGCAACUAAUAUCCUUUUUCCUGGGAGGUCUAAUAUUGGACUCGGUGGCAAUCGGGUUAGAAGUGGGCCUUUGUUCAUGCAAGGCUCCAGCUCUAAUCAUAUCCCUCAGAAUGUGAAUCUAAAUGCAGGGUAUGUGGGUAACAGCGUGAAUAGUGGCCAGGGUAUAGGAUCUGGUCUAGAACCUAAUGCUAACAAGUCAAGUGCAGUAGAACUAGAGCAGAUAUCUUCUUCUAGUGCUUCAUCUGAUAACAUUGGGACUUCAUCUGGAAGCUCCAGUUAUAUGGAGGACGGUACUGGUGGCUCUGGUUCUUCUUUGGGGACUUGGGGUUUAUCCUGCAAAAGAAAGGCCCUUGAAGGCACUUCUGGGCAGUCUUAUCCUGGUGGAACUUCGAGCUCCUCGUCGCAGGCUGAGAAUGUGGGAUGGCAUACUGGCCCUGCUCGUCAUGAACCUUCAUACGGUUUAUUUACCCCCUCACAGAAUUCUCCUAAUGUUAGUCCUGCAGAACAGCAGAACCUUAGCAUUGGGAUUGGCAUAAGAGGAGAGGCUUCUGAUGCGUUUCCUUCUUUAGGUGUUACAGGUAAUGCAGAAAUUCCCUUCAGAAAUUUUGAUAGGAGAGCGAGUUCUGGACGUCAGCAGGAAGCUGCGGCGCUUAAUUUAUCUUCAAGGAUUAGAACGGCUCCUCAAUCAGCUAGAUCUAUUCCAUUUAGUGAUUCUCUGGACCUGAGACCCACACUAGUAUCAGCCAGUUCGAGUGGUCCCCAAAGCCACUCUCAUGCACGGCAUAUUCCUGGUUUCUCAGGAGGUGUGCAUCCUUUCCAUUGGAAUGGGGCUUCCAAUUCAAGAGUGGGCAGCGUGUCAAGUUCUCUUAACUCUGGAGAAAGAAACCCUGCGUUAAGAGAAGGAUUAAACAUAAGAAGUGUCUCAAGAAACAAUGCAGAACACCCCAUGUUUGUACCUGCAUCUGAUGUGAGAAAUUCUGCGAAUGAUCCAACAAGUUGGAGUUUGGCUACUGGAAACAUAGGCAAUUCUGGUGGCGUUCCUUCCACUUCUCGGGUUGGUUCCAGUUCAAGCAUCCAUACAUUGCCGAAUCCUACCUGGCUUCCUCGCCAAAAUCCCCCAGCACAAAAUCAGCAAAGACUAUCAGAAUCUCCUUGGUCUUUGUUUUCAUCCGUUGACUCAGAAUAUGGAGGUCGCAGUGGUCAUUUUACCUCAUUACCUCCAGGCCCAUCUACUUCUUCACAAGAUACAGCGAUGUCAUCUGGACCUAAUAGCCAGGGUCAUCACCAACAAUAUCCGAGGUCAGCAUUCUUCAUGGAGAGACAAAGUGAUGAUGUUCUUGGCAUUCCCCACUCUUUGCGGGCGUUAGCUGUUGACAUUGAAGGGAGACGCCGGCUGAUAUCUGAGAUUCGUCAAGUCUUGAGUGCCAUGCGUAGGGGUGAGAACUUGCGAGUUGAGGACUAUAUGCCUUUUGAACCGUUCAUAUAUCAUGGUAUGGCUGAUAUGCAUGACAGGCACAGAGACAUGCGGCUUGAUGUUGAUAACAUGUCUUAUGAGGAAUUGUUGGCAUUGGAAGAACGCAUUGGAGACGUGAGCACUGGACUGAGUGAGGAUACCAUUACGAAGUUAAUGAAACAACAAAAAUAUUUUGAUAUCGGAGCAGAAUCCCCACCAGACUUAGAACCAUGCUGUAUCUGUCAGGAGGAAUAUGUUGAUGGGGAUGAUCUUGGGGCACUAGAUUGUGGACAUGAUUUCCACACCAACUGCAUCAAACAGUGGCUAAUGCAGAAGAAUCUGUGCCCUAUUUGUAAAACUACGGCCCUCCCAACAUGAGAGGGAAAACCGUCAUUGUCCUGAAAUCAUUUAUUUCUUUGUUGAUGGAUCAACAAACCCCAUAAAAUUGGGUGGAUAAUAGCGUAUAAUUACCUUCUCUGAAACCAGUUUUUCUUGUUGAUGGACUGCAUGGUUUCAUGAAGACAAAAGGUGCAGCUGCCUGUUAAAUAACAAAUGCUGCUUAGUCAUAAAGAUUGUCUAUACCUUAGCAAUGAAUACAUUUAUAUCAUAAUGAGAAUUCCAACAUUGAAGUAAUAUUUAUUACA